AUAUAGCUUGGCGAGGAAUGGGCAACGCUUCUACGAAGAGACGGGAUGAGGAAGGGGCUACUGCGGCGGCGGCGGCGGCGGUUGUGGAGGUGAAGAUUGAUUAUGGGGUGAGUUUUCGGUGCUUUAAAUGGGGUGUGUUGGGAGGAGUGAUGCGAAGCAGGGCUUGCAUCGACGGGUGGUUAUGUGUUUGGAACGUCGGCCUUUUGGUGCCGGCGGUCCAACAGAUUGUGAUAUUCAUGUUUUGUCUUCUCGCAUCCAGCAAGUCGUGCCCUUCGCAGAAGCGGUCUACGCGAGCGCCCCGCAGGACUGGGACCACCAAGUCGUCAAACGGCUAAUCACAGAACGGCGGCUUGCACCCUUCUACAAAGGUCUUAGCGACGCAGAGGAGGCGGAGAAACUCACAGCGGAGGCAGAAGCCGCCGCUUCAAAACAAUCAGCAACAGCGUCAUCAUCAUCCAUAGCAGCAAACAAUCCUCAAAUGCGAAGCCCGGUAUCGUCUCCCACCGGCACACCCAUCCGCGAAGACCCACCAACUCUCAUCCGCUCCGCCUCACGCGCAACAGCCAUCAACAAGCGGACGAGCAUGAGCGCCGCGGACCUAUCGAAGGAUUCGUGGGGGAGGAGGAUCAGUCAUGAGCGGCAGGGAUCGAUUUCGAGUUUUAGUUUGAAGGGGAAGCGGUCGGCAUCGUUGCCGAAUCAGCUUGUACAGCAGCAGCAGUACUUACAGCAGCAGCAGCAGCAGCAGCAGCAGCAGCAAGAGGAGGUGUCCCUGAUUCCGUUGGAGGGGCUGUAUAAGUGGGCUGUUGAGUGUCCUAUUUGUUUCCUGUAUUACCCGUCAAACAUAAACUACUCUCGGUGCUGCGACCAGCCCAUCUGCACUGAAUGCUUCGUCCAAAUCAAACGCUCAGAAUCAACCCUCGAACCCGCCGCAUGCCCCUUCUGCGUCGAAACCAAUUUCGGAAUCCUCUACUACACCCCCGGCUCGCCUGAGCAUGAGAAAAAGCUUCUCGAAGCGCAUCCAGACGACCAUGCCGCGAUCGUCGCAUCCGGCCACGGCGCGCGGAUGGACUACCUAGCCGCCCGCCGCGCCUCUGCAAUCUCCACCGCGUCAGGAAUCCCAGGGGAUGGAACAUCAUCCUCAACAACCGACAAACGCGAAUCAACGGGCGACCUCACUACCACCGGGAGCCCGACCUCCGAAACCGGCCCGUCAGACUUCCUGGUCCCGCCCACAACAGCCCCGGCACCCUUCAAACGCCGCGCCAGCGUCUCGCAUAAAUCCGCACUGGUCGUUACCUCCGACGAGCUCCGACCCGAUUGGCUGCGGAAACAGCAACAACUCGCCCUCGUGCGCGCCGCGAACCAGCGUAGACAUACCAUCUCAUCCCUCGGCUCCAAUGGCGGCACGCGGAGGGUCCGGCAUUUGUUUUUGGAGAAUGAUCGGGAUUUGGCGAGCGCGGCGGCGGCGGCGGCGGGGUUGGUGGAGAGCAUGACGGGGUCUGAGGGUGGUGGGGCUGCAUCGGCAACGGCGGGGGAUAGUGCGGCGAAUGGGAGGGCGAGGGGCGCGAGAGGGGAUAGUUCGAGGCGACGGGCGAGGACCAAUGCGGAUAUGGGGUUUAAUUACAUCGAAGCGAUGAGGAACAUGGGCGCAGACCUCGAGGAAUUGAUGCUCAUGGAGGCCAUCCGCCGGUCAUUGGCGGAAUCGGAAGCGAAUGCGGCGGAAGCGACUAACACGAGCGGUACCUCCGCUGAGAACAAUACCAAUGCAGCAGCGCCGAUCGCGGAGUCGACUACGGCUGCGGCUGCUGUCCCGCCCUUGACGGCUGUUACGCCACCGCCAGUAGAUUCGUCCGAUACGCCGGUUGUGUCGACGUCGGCUGUCGACACCAUUACCGCACCUGCACCCGCCGUCGUUGGGGAAACAGCAACACCCGACCCAACAUCAUCAUCCAUCACCAUUACCACAACGAACCCGGACACCGCCCCGACUCCACCCACACCCGCGGCCAUGCAGACGGACCCUGUGUUGACGAUAGCGCCGGAUACGAAUACACACACUACCACUACCACCAACAACGUAGAUUCAACCACCACCUCAUUGUGAAACCUCAUCUUUUUGCGUCUUCGGAGUGGGUGUGUGUGCAGAAUCCAAGACAACCGGCAGUACCGCUCCGAAUACAGCCCCGAUUGCUCUCGCGUUCACCUAAGCGCCACCUCAAACCAUACCCACCCCGACAAGUGCACGCUAUACCCUCGCCUCCGAAACGCUGGUUUCUUACGUAGCCGCGAAAGCAACUUCCCGCGACCGCUCUGCUCGGGUCUAGGUCACUCUACCUCCCCCUCAUGACGAAGUAUCCUUCCGAGCACGGGAGAGGGAUUGGGAAACGCAGGGUCGCUCACAUCUGUGUCAUUUUGGCGGACUUGCGUGAAUCGGGGUGUCAUAGACCUCGACGGGAGGGGAGUUGG